AUGAGUGAUUCUGAAUCUGAUAAAGAAAUGUUGUUUUUGGCUACAAUUGUUGAAGCAGAAGAACAAGAACAAGAAUAUAAGCGAAAACACAAAAUGUGGGUGCAUGACAUAAAUACCAAAAGACAUAUAUUUGGCGAACAUCACCAUCUAUUUCCAGAUUUUUUGAGAGACCAAAAAAAUGUUUUUAAAUAUUUUAGAAUGUCACCGGAAAAAUUUUAUGAACUUCUUAAACUCGUUAAGAAUGAUAUUGAAAAGAUGGACACCACAUUUAAAAGGGCAAUACCUCCUGAGGAAAGACUUUAA